AUGCAGGACGGGAGAGCACCGCGCAUCAAAAACCGUGCGCCGGCUGCCGUCCAAGUCACAGCUGAGCAGCUACUUCGAGAUGCCCAAGAGAGGCAAGAAUCGCAAUUCCGGGCCCCGAAGCAAAGAGUAGAGGACUUCGAGGAGCUGCACGAGUACCGCGGGCGUAAACGUGAAGAGUUCGAGAAGCGGAUAAGGCAGACAAGGGGAAAUAUCAAGGAAUGGUUGCAAUAUGCCAACUGGGAGGCAAGUCAAGGUGAAUUUGCGCGCUCGCGUUCCGUGUUCGAGCGCGCCCUGGAUGUAGACCCGCGCAGCGUUCAGCUCUGGCUAAGCUACACUGAGAUGGAGCUCAAAGGGCGCAACGUUCAACAUGCACGCAACCUCUUCGAUCGUGCAGUGACCUUGCUGCCGCGGAUAGACCAACUAUGGUACAAAUAUGUCUACCUCGAGGAGUUGUUGCAGAAUGUUCCAGGUGCUCGUCAAGUGUUUGAGCGCUGGAUGCAGUGGGAGCCUGAUGACAAGGCGUGGCAGGCCUAUAUCAAGAUGGAGGGGCGAUACAAUGAGUUGGAUCGCGUUAGCGCAAUGUAUGAACGGUGGAUUGCGGUGCGGCCAGAGCCAAGAAAUUGGGUGAAGUGGGCAAAAUUCGAGGAGGAAAGAGGGAAACUGGACAAGGCGCGCGAGGUCUUCCAGACUGCACUGGAAUUUUUUGGUGACGGCGAGGAGGAAGUAGAAAAGGCUCAGGCGGUAUUUGGGGCGUUCGCAAAGAUGGAAACUCGUCUCAAGGAGUACGAGCGUGCGCGAGUAAUUUAUAAGUUCGCUCUAUCCCGCAUACCUCGCUCAAAAUCCGCCGCUUUGUAUGCAGCAUACACCAGAUUUGAGAAACAGCAUGGAACACGAUCUACCCUCGAAACCACUGUCUUGGGAAAGCGACGUAUUCAAUAUGAGGAUGAACUAACACACGACGGGCACAACUAUGACGCUUGGUUCGAUUACUCGCGCCUGGAGGAAGGCGCACUGCAUGAUGCGCGCGAGGAGGGUGCGACUACUGAGGAGAUCGAGAGUGCGAUCGGGCGUGUCAGGGAGGUUUAUGAACGAGCCGUGGCGCAUGUCCCGCCAGGCGGACAGAAACGCCACUGGAGGCGGUAUAUUUUUCUCUGGCUGAAUUAUGCCCUUUUUGAGGAGAUUGAGACUAAGGAUUAUGCAAGAGCAAGGCAGGUGUAUGAAACCGCGAUUCGGGUCGUGCCGCAUAAGCAAUUCACCUUUGCAAAGCUGUGGCUCAUGUUCGCAAGGUUCGAAGUGCGCCGACUUGAUUUGCCUGCCGCUCGUAAAAUCCUUGGUGCUGCAAUUGGCAUUUGCCCCAAAGAGGCGUUGUUCAAAGGAUAUAUCCAGCUUGAACUUGAUCUCCGCGAAUUUGAUCGUGUGAGGACAUUAUACGAGAAGUACAUCGAGUUUGACUCCAGCAACUCUUCUGCGUGGGUCAAGUAUGCAGAGCUUGAGUCGCAGCUGGAAGAUUUCGAACGAACACGAGCAAUAUUUGAGCUUGGUGUCUUGCAACAGCCGCUUGCGAUGCCCGAGAUCUUAUGGAAAGCUUAUAUCGACUUCGAGACCGAAGAGGGCAACAGAGAAAAUGCCCGUGCGCUAUAUGAGCGUCUGAUCGCUCUCAGUGGACAUUGGAAAGUAUGGAUCUCAUACGCGGAGUUCGAAGCCUCUGCGAUACCGCUGGCGAGAGCACUCAGGGAAGAAAAAGAAGAGAAUGAGGACGAUGAAGUGGAAAUGGUAGAAGGAGAUGUGGAACGUGCAAGGCAAACGUUUGAAAGAGGCUACAGCGACUUGCGGCGGCAACAACUGAAGACUGAGGCAAGUGUGCGGGCCGCACUGCUUGAGGUCUGGAAAACAUUCGAGGAGAAGAAUGGUACGGCAGAUGAUGUUCAGAAAGUGCAGAACAAGAUGCCCCUUGUCAGUCGACGCCGUGUCAUGGACCCUGAGUCAGGAGGCACAGAAGCAGUGCUGGACUGGGACAUGGUGUUCCCUGAUGAUGAACGGGAGUCCAAUCCGACAUCAUUCCAGUUCUUGCAAAUGGCACACGCAUGGAAGAAGGCACAGGCCGCAAAGGGCAAAGAAAAGGCAUUUGGGUCCGAGUCGCUGCCACAACUCCCAGAAGACCGCUCAGGUGCCAGUGUUGCACGCGAAUCCCGGGAUGCACACCCACGAGAAGAUGAUGCGACUAGCGAUGUCGCCAGCUCGCACGGUGGAGAUGACUGA